GCGAGGAGCCCUGGGUGCCAGGAGCAGCGCCAGGGCAGCACCAGGCACAGUGCUGCUCUUGGCACCUGGGCUGGCAGGUUGUGCCUGCAAACCAGAGUGGUUCCCAGCAUGGGGAGCCAUGCUCAGCUCCAUGGGGAAGGAGCCAGGUCCUUCCAGCAAAUUGGUGAUUGCCCAUCAGUGCUGAGCUCCAUGCGCAGGCUCUAAUUAAACAAUCCAGAUUCAUCAGCAGAAGCAAUUAUCGGAGCCGAUUCCUGAGUGUCAAUCUCCAAUGUUGCAAAACAAAGAAGGCAAACUGAAUGCAGCAUGUCGUUCUAUUGCUUCUCCUCGUUCGGGUUUUUCACCUUUUUUCAUUACUGAGAACAGUGGUACAGACUGGUUGUAGCCAGAGGAUGAGCACCCCAUGUGCUGAAUGAGGGUGGGGUGGAACUGCAGCUUCUCUCAGGAGACAGCGAGCUGAUGAACUCCUGCAAUAUGGUUAUAUUGUCAUGUCCUCCCCAUCCCCAGUAGAAACCCGCAGAUUUCUUCCCCAUUCGGCAGAUUUCUGCAGCCUCUCCUGCAAUGGGACACUGUUCCUGCCUGGCAUCCCCAGCUCAGUGCUGCCUGCCUUGCCCUUGUCCUUCACACAGCUGUGUUCAUACAGCUGAUCUGGGGGCAGGGUUGAGCGGUGGGACGACCUGCAGCCUUGCUCAGUGCAGCCUCCUUGCUCUUGGGCUGCUGGGAUUCUGCUUUCCCCCACGGCCUGAAUGAUCUGUAGUGUUCCCACUAUGGUGAUAUUGGCUGAGUCCAGCUGUGUUCAAUUUGCUGCAGAAUGGCUGGCAAUAUCAGCCCCUUCCCUUGGGCAAAAAUCACACUCCUGUAAUGAAGGAGGUAUUGUUUGUUUGUGUUUUUUUCCUUCUUUCUUCAAUUUCUUCGCAUAGUGAAUGGAGGAAAUGUUGAGAUAAUCCCUUCAGGAGAUGGUUCUGGAGCCCCGUGUGCCCCAUGUCACCAUGGGCUCUAUUGCCCUGAGCCUUUGCCAUCCCUGCGCACUGCUCUAUGCUGUAGGAGUGGUGAGCUGUGCCCUCCCUCAGCCGUGCUGCCCAGGCUGGGUGCAGGAGCUGCAGGGGUUACAAGUGCUGGGGGUGCCUACAGCCCCCAGAGAUGCUGAGCUGUCCAGGGGUGGUGUGUGGGACAUGAUGCUGGGUGGGUGCUGGGCACGUUUUGGAGCCAGUGGAGCUUUGCUGCCAGGGCUGAGCCAUACAGGUGUUGUGACACGGAGCCUUCCUCCUCCUCUCAGCCAUUAUUCAGUUACUGUUGAUGGGACACAGGGGCAGCCCACACUGUUCUUCUCACUCUGGCAGGUGCUCAGUUCUAUGGAUGUGCCACAGUGUGUGCAUAGACCCACACUCACUCCCCUUCCUGUCCCAGCAUUAUGUGGUGGUGUCUGUCUGUCCCCAGUCCUGACUGGCAUCACCGUGACCAUCCCCAGAGCCCAUCCUGGGGCAGUGCUGGCACUGGGCAGUGGAGAUGUCUCCAUUCAUUCCAAAGCUCUCUGACUGUCUCACUUACAUCCCGCUUCCCACUGGGGGAGAUGUAAUGAGACAUUUCCCAGGAUGAGAAUGCUGUUUCCUGGCCAAUUGCAGUGGGAGCGCAGGGAUUUGUGAUGCAGGGACCUGCCAAUGAUUUUUCCUCUCUUUCCAAAGCUAUGUUUAUUUGAAGAUACAUUUCUCAUGGCGAAAUAUUGCAGUCGGUUUGAAAUAGAGCAAAAGCAUCCUGGGCACGUGAGCCCCUCUGGGAGCAGCAGGCAGCCUUGGGGCAGGUGGUGCUGGGGCCGUGCCCAGGCACUGCUUUGGGGCCAUCUCAGCUUCCCGACAGCUGCCAGCCCAGGGCCGGAGCUGUGCCUGCCUGCGCCAUGGGGACGAGGAGCUCGGGGGUGCAGGUGGAAUUCUACGUCAAUGAGAACACCUUCAAGGAGCGCCUGAAGCUCUUCUUCAUCAAAAACCAGCGAUCGAGUCUGAGGAUCCGAUUGUUCAACUUCUCCCUGAAGCUGCUCACCUGCCUGCUCUACAUCGUGCGUGUGCUGCUCGACAACCCAGAGGAGGGCAUAGGAUGCUGGGAAUGCGAGAAGCAGAACUACACAGUCUUCAAUCAGUCCACCAAGAUCAACUGGUCACACAUCUUCUGGGUAGACAGAAAGCUGCCUCUGUGGGCUGUCCAGGUCAGCAUCGCCCUGAUCAGCUUUCUGGAGACCAUGCUGCUCAUCUAUCUCAGCUACAAGGGGAACAUCUGGGAACAGAUUUUCCGCAUUUCGUUCAUCCUUGAGAUGAUCAACACAGUGCCCUUCAUUAUCACAAUAUUUUGGCCUCCUCUGCGAAAUUUGUUCAUCCCUGUCUUUCUGAACUGCUGGCUCGCCAAGUACGCCCUGGAGAACAUGAUAAAUGACCUGCACCGUGCCAUCCAGAGGACCCAGUCUGCCAUGUUCAACCAGGUGCUCAUCCUCAUCUGCACCCUUCUGUGUCUCGUCUUCACUGGCACCUGCGGCAUCCAGCAUUUGGAGAGAGCGGGUGAGAAGCUGUCCCUCUUCAAGUCCUUCUACUUUUGCAUCGUCACCUUUUCCACUGUGGGCUAUGGGGAUGUGACACCCAAGAUCUGGCCUUCCCAGCUCCUUGUUGUCAUCAUGAUCUGUGUUGCACUGGUUGUGCUGCCGCUGCAGUUUGAAGAACUUGUCUACUUGUGGAUGGAGCGGCAGAAGUCGGGGGGCAACUACAGCCGGCACCGUGCCCAGACAGAGAAGCAUGUUGUGUUGUGUGUCAGCUCACUGAAGAUUGACCUCCUCAUGGACUUCCUCAAUGAGUUCUAUGCCCACCCACGCCUGCAGGACUACUACGUGGUGAUCCUCUGCCCCACGGAGAUGGACAUCCAGGUGCGGCGGGUGCUGCAGAUCCCUCUGUGGUCACAGCGGGUGAUCUACCUGCAGGGCUCUGCGCUGAAGGACCAGGACCUCAUGAGAGCCAAGAUGGACAAUGGGGAAGCCUGCUUCAUUCUCAGCAGCCGGAAUGAGGUGGAUCGCACAGCAGCGGACCACCAGACCAUUCUGAGAGCCUGGGCUGUGAAAGAUUUUGCCCCAAACUGCCCUCUCUAUGUGCAGAUCCUAAAGCCAGAGAACAAGUUUCAUGUCAAGUUUGCUGAUCACGUCGUCUGUGAGGAGGAGUGCAAGUACGCCAUGCUGGCGCUCAACUGCGUCUGCCCUGCCACCUCCACGCUCAUCACGCUGCUGGUGCACACCUCCCGUGGGCAGGAGGGCCAGGAGUCCCCGGAGCAGUGGCAGAGGAUGUAUGGGCGCUGCUCGGGCAAUGAGGUCUACCACAUCCGCAUGGGUGACAGCAAGUUCUUCAUGGAGUACGAGGGGAAGAGCUUCACCUAUGCUGCCUUCCAUGCGCACAAGAAGUACGGCGUCUGCCUGAUUGGCAUCCGCAGGGAGGAGAACAAGAGCAUCCUGCUGAACCCCGGCCCACGGCACAUCAUGGCCGCAUCUGACACCUGUUUCUACAUCAACAUCACCAAGGAGGAGAACUCUGCCUUUAUCUUCAAGCAGGAGGAGAAGCAGAAGAAGAAGGGCUUUGCAGGCAGGGGCACGUAUGAUGGCCCUUCUCGCCUGCCCGUGCACAGCAUCAUCGCCAGUAUGGGUACAGUGGCCAUGGACCUGCAGAACACCGAGUGCCGCCCCACCAACAGCAGCAAGCUGGCGCUGCCAGCUGAGAACGGCUCAGGCAACCGCCGACCCAGCAUCGCGCCCGUGCUUGAGCUGGCUGACACCUCAUCCCUGCUGCCCUGCGACCUGCUCAGCGACCAGUCAGAGGAUGAGAUGACACAGUCAGACGAGGAGGGCUCAGCGGUGGUGGAGUACGUGAAGGGCUACCCACCCAACUCCCCGUACAUCGGCAGCUCGCCAACCCUAUGCCACCUCCUGCCUGAGAAAGCCCCAUUCUGCUGCCUGCGGCUGGACAAGGGCUGCAAGCACAACAGCUUUGAAGAUGCCAAGGCCUAUGGCUUUAAGAACAAACUGAUCAUCGUGUCGGCAGAGACUGCUGGCAAUGGGCUGUAUAACUUCAUCGUCCCACUGCGUGCCUACUAUCGGUCUCGCAAAGAGUUGAACCCAAUUGUGUUGCUUCUGGACAACAAACCAGAGCACCACUUUCUGGAAGCCAUCUGUUGUUUCCCCAUGGUUUACUACAUGGAAGGCACCAUUGACAACCUGGAUAGCCUGCUGCAGUGCGGCAUCAUCUACGCUGACAACCUGGUGGUUGUGGACAAGGAGAGCACCAUGAGUGCUGAGGAGGACUACAUGGCAGAUGCAAAGACGAUCGUCAAUGUCCAGACCAUGUUCAGGCUCUUUCCCAGCCUCAGCAUCAUCACAGAGCUGACCCAUCCCUCCAACAUGAGGUUCAUGCAGUUCAGAGCAAAGGACAGCUACUCCUUAGCCCUUUCCAAGCUAGAGAAGAAAGAGCGCGAGAAUGGCUCCAACCUGGCCUUCAUGUUCCGCCUGCCCUUUGCUGCAGGGAGGGUCUUCAGCAUCAGCAUGCUGGACACGCUGCUCUACCAGUCGUUUGUGAAGGACUACAUGAUCACCAUCACCCGGCUGCUGUUGGGCCUUGACACCACGCCGGGCUCUGGCUACCUCUGUGCGAUGAAGAUCACAGAGGAUGACCUGUGGAUCCGGACCUACGGGCGCCUCUUCCAGAAGCUCUGCUCCUCCAGCGCUGAGAUCCCUAUCGGCAUUUACCGGACGGAGUCACACAUGUUCGCCACCUCCGAGCCCCAUGACAUCAGAGCACAGUCACAGAUCUCCAUCAACGUGGAGGACUGCGAGGACACGAAGGACGUGAAGGAGCACUGGGGAAUCAAGACGGGCCACCACAGGAAUUCAUGCUCCAGUGACCAGUCCGAGCACCCGCUGCUGCGGCGCAAGAGCAUGCAGUGGGCACGUCGGCUGAGCAGGAAGGGCAACAAGCACUCCGGCAAGACAGCCGAGUGGAUCAGCCAGCAGCGGCUCAGCCUGUACCGCCGCUCCGAGCGGCAGGAGCUGUCCGAGCUCGUCAAGAACCGCAUGAAGCACCUGGGCUUGCCCACCACUGGGUAUGAGGAUGUAGCAAAUUUAACAGCCAGUGAUGUGAUGAAUCGGGUAAACCUGGGAUAUUUGCAAGAUGAGAUGAAUGACCACCAGAACACUUUGUCCUAUGUCCUGAUCAACCCACCCCCAGACACACGGCUGGAGCUGAACGACAUCGUGUACCUCAUCCGCUCCGACCCGCUGGCACACGUAGCCAACGAUGGGCAAAGCCGCAAGAGCAGCUGCAGCAACAAGCUGGGACCCUGCAACCCUGAGACACGGGAUGAGACCCAGCUCUGAGCACACCCCAUGUGCUGCAGGGAUGAAAGCGAGGGGACAGGCGGGCAGGCAGCCGGACAGAGGCACCAUGUGGGAGUUUUUAACUUUUUAUACCAAUACCGCAACUAGUGAGAAAGUCUUUGCUGGUGCUGGUGGUGAGACUGGAAUUACAAGUCGGCCCCGUUUGGGCAGGAAGCCGUGUUCGGAAUUGUCCCCAAAUGAUGCAGGCUGUUUGCAUUGGAUGGGGGCACUGCUGAGCCAAGGGCAGUUGCCCCAUGCUCAUCCUGCUCCUCUUUGCUGGGUGCCCAGGAUGGAUAGCCCAAAUUUGGCACUUUCACCCCAAUGCUCUCCUUGCUUGUUGGCUUGUCCUGGGGGCUGCACGGAGACAAUGGGGAAGAAGGGGACGGUGCAGCCCUCGCAGCACCAAAAACAACAUCUGCAGAUCCCAAAACACACCAAAAAGAGAACAAAGUGACCCAGAGCUGUGCAGCCCCGCUCUUGUUGCACACAUCCAUGCUGGCACCCACUGGGGCUCAGCAGCAAAGAUACCAUGGACAGGGAUGUGUCCCACACCGUGUUGGCCUGGCCAAGCCCCUGUGCCACAGCUGGGUGUGCAUUGGCAGCACAGCGGCCGUGGAGACCUUUCUAUAGCAGAAACACCAGAUGUAUUUUCCAUCUACUUUUGCACACUUUGCCAUGUCAAUGCGUCAAGGUUUUUCGUUUCUUUUGUUUUGUUUUUCUUUGACUGCCAAAGUGAAUAACUCAGCUGUUAACUUUCUGUACUUCAUUUACUAAAACUCCAACAUGAUUUAUUAUUAAUUAUUAUUAUUAUUUUUUAAUGAGAAGCCUGUAAAGCACAACACAGCCGUGCCCUCCCAGUGCCGCUGCCAGGAGGGGGUUCUGCCAUUCCCACCCACCCACCCCUUCUCUACAACACACAAUAAACGUUGUUUACAUAAAACCUGCUUAUAGUUGCAGCACCCCAUGAAGGUGCUGAGAUCUGCAUUGCCUGAAAAGGGAAAAAAACCCACCCAGGCAAAGCUCUUCAGGCCAACAAUUGGACGGGGUUUGGGCUGGCCUUGAUUUUAAUGCCAUCUGGCACUCAGUGGGCAGUGCAGGUGGAAAUACAACCCCCCACCCAAGCCCUCGGCUGCACUGAGAUGUGGGCACAACCCAGCCAUCACCGCUGCUCUGUUGGAUGUUAUUUGUUUCCUUUGAUGCAUUAUUAUUAUUAUUUUUAAUCCCAUUGGUUGCAGCAAUUCCGUGUUGUAUUUAUUUCUGGUUGGAAGUUGCCGUGCCAAAAGAAAUUCAGUAGUUGCCAUAGGAUAAACAGCGAGAGCAGCUGAAGCACAAAGUCGGUGGGGUUGAGCCAUGUCCGACCCCACAGCGCUCCGCUAUCAGUGCACACAACCAAUCCUGGAGAUGAAGGUUUUCCAUCCCAUUCACCUUUAAGGGAGGGGUGAACAAAGCAGCACUGCACCCCAUUCCAAGGUGGGGAGGCUGAAGUUACAGCCCACUCAGUGAUCCUUAUGGGCCCUUUCCAGCUGGGGAUAUUCCAGUUACCCCGUGCUGACUGUUCAGAAGGGAACAUUUCCAUCCCUUUCCCCACCAUUCAUUGGCUGCUCUAUGAGCCUGGGGGCAGCACAGCACCCCCCAGCCCCCCAGGCUCUGCAGGAGCAUCCCUCCCCCUCACUGCAUUCCAGCGCCGCUUCUGUUUGUUUAAUGUAUAAAGGUGUGUAUUUAAGAAGGAAAUAAGCUACAUGUGUGCAAAUCACAGGCUUUUGUUUUUGCAGGUAUUAUUUCUAUGGUGUAAAUGUAGAGCUGACGUUCUAAUGGGAUGUUCAGAGAAAAAAAAAAAAUACUGUAGCUAUUUUACCUGUGGUCAAUGUAAAUCUAGGAGUUAAAUUCUUCUAAUAAGAAGGAUUUGGUUACAACAUGAAUGUAAUAAUGAGGAUAUUCUAUUUCUGUAAGGGUUGUGGCACCGCCACCAUCAGGAGCUGCUGCUGCUCACCCAGGGCUGGCUCAGAGCAGUGGGUGCUGCACUGAGGCCAUGCAGGGCCCCAAUGCACAACAAUAUUUAUUUCAGGUCACCCUCAGUGGUUUCUGUUUUUCCCUCUAUUUUCCCAAGGAAACGCAAUGGUUUCACUGCCAGCGGUGGGUCGCACUUUGCUCAUUAGGGAAAGCAUCACCCCCCCAAGCCCAAAGGGGAUGCACACAGAUAGCACUGCUGGCCCAUGGCUGCCUCCUCUUCCCCUUAUAGCUCACCCUUAUGUGGAAGAACACAGUACUGGGGCUCCCAGAGCAACGCAAUGCCCAUAGAAAAACAGGAUUCUAUGAAGGACGCAGAGCUGAAAGGCCCCAGGGCAAUGCAGACACACAAGAGAGGGCUGUGAUGGCUCCAGGUUUACUGACAUUGUAUGUCCCACAGCACUGACAGCUCCAUCCUCUGAACAUGAGCACAGACCACAUCACACACUGCAGAUACACUGAGUAGUCACAAAACUGUCCCCAUUUUCACCCCUCCAUCCAAACAGCCCUUUUACUUCCCAAGGGGGAACUGCUCUCCAGCUCAGCUCUGCGUGGGCUCCAUCAGCCACAGCCAACAGAAAAUGCAUCCUUCCCUGUCCGAGGCCUCAUUCUGGGACACGUAUCCUUGGGGUGCUCUGUAGACAGCCAACUGCAGAUGGGUUUUUUGUACCAUUCCUGUGAAGACACUUCACAUUUCUGUAAAGAGAAAUCAAAAUAAAAGAGCUGCAUGCAGCAACAACAGAGA